UUGAAUAUUGCUGAAACCAGGGACAGCAUACGGUUUGCUAAUUUAUCGGAAACUGCAUUGUGAAUCGUAAAAUCCUCAGAAUACAACCGUAGGAAUCAAAGAAAGUCAUUCUGACCUUUCAACAACCCCAACCUCACCAUCCCAGAAACCAAACGUCUGGAUCAAGAUCUUCAUAGAGAGAUAGGUAGAAACCCGGUAAAGAGAGAAAGUAAAAGAACAGAGAAAUUCAACAAUGGGGUGGUUCACGCACACCAUGGCAGGUAGUGGAUUCAUUCUGAUCGGCGCAUGGGAAGCUCUCACCUCCUCAAAUUCAAUCCAGAAUCUAGUCGAAAAUUCGAUUCCAUCCUCACCUCUUACGUCUAUUAGCGCGCCACCGCAGGCUUCAUCGUCGAGAACCAAGAAGAACCCAUCUUCCUCAUCUUUGACCUUCAUCUCCAUCUCUGUCUUCUCCUUGUUUUUCAUCUUGAACUCUAUGGUCUCCUUCGUUGACGCGCUCAAUUCCAAUGACAAAGUCGGCUCGGCCCUCCAACUGCAAGUACUCGCUAUUGGGUCGCUCUUUUUGCUGUGUUCCGUUACGGGUUUCUUGGUAAAUUUCACGAAUUUAAUUCCUAUGCCUCAUUCGAUGCUUAGUUUGAUUGGUCUGUUCGCUUUCGCGGAAGAGUUUCUGUUGUUUUACUUGCAGAGAAAAAACACUAGUGGGAUUGAGAACCGGUACUUUGAUCUGUUGCUUGUACCUAUAACUGUUUGUUUAUUUUCAACAGUGAUGGAAUUGAAAUCCCCAAAGUCAAAUUACCCAAAAUUGGCUCGUGGGGUUGGGUUAAUUCUACAGGGGACAUGGUUUGUGCAAAUGGGUCUCUCUUUUUACACCAAUUUGAUCACUAGUGGGUGCUCUUUGCAUGAAAAGAGUAGAGGGAAUUAUACAAUUAGGUGCAAGGGACACCCCGAGUAUCACCGGGCAAGAGCGAUCGCCACGCUUCAGUUCAAUUGCCAUCUCGCUCUUAUUGUGGUUUUGAUUAUGGGGGCCUACUCGGUUAUUGUGCGGAAAUAUGGAGUUCCUCGCGAUUUUACACAGUAUAGGCCGCUUGGUGCAGAAAUGCAGCAAUUUACUUUGGAUUCUGAUGAUGAUGUUGUUGAAGAAAUUAAGGAAGAGGACAAUGUGGGGAAGCAGAAGGUGGGUGUUGUGGAAUCGGGAAUGAAUGGUUACGGCACUCAUUAGUGAGGUAAAUCUUGUCGAAUUUUGAGCUGGUGCAUGUAAUGCUUCAAUUUCUCUCUAUUUUGUGUAAAUGAAUUGAGAUGGCGCUUUUACUGGAUUUCAGUGUUGUAGUUUUGGUAUAGUUCUAUGUGCUUGAGUUUCUUGUAAUGAAAUCCAUACAUCAUACCUUUUUCCCGUUUGAUGUGAUUUGGAUACUAAAUUGAGUGGUCUCUUGUGAUUCAUGUGAUUUGGUAUAGUUAGAACUUCUUUUUGAAUAAGCUCAUCUGAGCUGGUGCAUGUAAUGUUUCAAUUUCUCUCUAUUUUGUGUAAAUGAAUUGAGAUGGCGCUUUUACUGGAUUUCAGUGUUGUAGUUUU